GGCGAUAAGGUCAUGGUCCUGGCGAGGUCAGGGCUCUGGCAAGAGGUGGUGAAUGUGCCGGCCAGUCAGACUUUCCUGAUGCCUGAGGGGAUGAGCUUUGAGGAAGCGGCUGCUCUUCUUGUCAACUACAUCACUGCCUACAUGAUCCUGUUUGACUUUGGAAACCUGAGACCCAACCAGAGCGUCCUCAUCCACAUGGCUGCAGGUGGUGUGGGAACUGCUGCCAUCCAGCUGUGCAAGACCGUGGAGAAUGUCACCAUCUUUGGCACAGCAUCUGCCUCCAAGCAUGAUUCGCUCAAGGAGAGUGGGGUUGCUCACCCCAUUGACUACAGAACGAUGGAUUACGCGGAGGAGGUCCGGAAAAUCUCUCCCAAAGGUGUUGACAUUGUCCUGGACCCCCUGGGAGGAUCUGAUACGUCCAAAGCGUUUAACCUGUUGAAGCCAAUGGGCAAACUCAUCACGUAUGGGGUAGCCAACCUGCUCACUGGGCAGAAGAAGAACCUCAUGGCUAUGGCUAAAACCUGGUGGAACCAGUUCAGCAUCAGUGCCUUGCAGCUCCUACACCAUAACAAGGCUGUGUGUGGCUACCACCUUGGAUACAUGGAUGAAGAAUUUGAGCUUGUCGGAGGUGUUGUAGCCAAGCUGGUUAACCUGUACAGUCAAGGCAAGAUCAAGCCCAAAAUAGACUCUGUGUGGCCCUUUGAUCAGGUGGCAGAUGCCAUGAAGCAGAUGCAAGAGAAGAAGAAUGUUGGAAAGGUCAUCCUGGUUCCUGAGGCACCCAAGGAAGAAUCCAAAAAAGAAGAGAACUAAGAAGAAGAUACGUGUGCAGAUUGUGAAUUCAUGGUUUAACUCCCUGAUCUCUUUGGGACCUGGAAAUGGACAGAUCAGUAGCUUCCAUCCUCACCAGUGCAAGAACAUCGUGGUUAAAGUUCAGAUGAGGUUUGCAUGCUGUCGUUGUGACUGACCCUUUGCCAGAUAUGCCUCCUGCCCUAGCUCUCUGUUUUGAAGCCUGUUUUUUUUGUAUGCCUUUCUAAUCACUUGUUUCUCUACUGAAUUUCCAAACUAACUUUAUUUUUCUCUGGCAGCGCAGCUGAAGCUUCCAGGCAGUUGGUGAUUAACAACUGCGUAGCCUGUCACUGUAAAGUCGAGAUGUGACAUCCUGUAUCAGCUGCCCAGUAUCUCCACAGUGAGCCCUGCUGAAGCGUUUGUACUGUCACCUUUGAGAAGCUCAUUCAGCAGGAGAAUGAGCCAAACUGAGGACGUUUCCUCAACAGCCAGAGGAGAAGCAUGGCUGGCCUAGUUUAAUCCUAGCGCGGGCGACGCUUCCGCUUACACUGAGCACCCCGCGCCCUCGCCUCUGCUUUCUUUGGCCUCUAACACCAGUCAGAUAGUAACAGGUCACGUUGUCUUUGCCUUGUAAAUAACCAUCCUGGCAUUUUGGAGCCUAUGGUAUAUUGCACUUAAUUUGCAGUCACUUCUCUGUGCAGCCGACAAAUAACCUGACAGGCUGGGCUGGGCUGUGACUGAACACAGAAGAAAAGUUUCAGUUGGGUAACUUGAUCUUGUCCAUUUUCUGAUUCCAAACUGUGUAGGGAGAUCUAAACCGUGUCUGACUUUUAGAGACCAUAAGGACUCAACUGUGUCUCAAACGACUGGAACAAUUGAUGUUGGCUCUGUGCUUUAUUAAUGUUGGGCUCCAAGCUGGUAUUGUUAAGGUUAAACUUCACCCUCGUGCUUGUAUUUCCAAGGGCUGCAGUGUUGAAUUGGACGCCAGCAAGAUGGGAACAAAAUAAGCCCCCAUUACUGCUUGCUUUGUGCUUGCCCUGUGUGCUGGGGAGGUGUUGCGGUUUGGGAAGGAACUUGCAAGAAUCAGUCCUGUGAGCCUGCUUCCGUGGCCGCUCGGUAACGCCGGCGUACUGCUGGAGGGGGUGAACUGCCCAGCUCUCUGUCAAGCCCCUUGGCCUGGGCGUCUUGAGCAGUUUAAAUUGUGUGUUCCCUUCUCUCGUAGCUAGCUCGUCAGGUCCCCCCUCAAACCGGCUCUCACCUCCUGGCUCGGUGCUGCUGUAGGGCUCGACUAUUCUUCCCCUGACACUGCAAGUCUUGGGACCUUGGGCUCUCUUCCAGCACCGAGGGUUUAGGAGCUGCCUGGGGGGCUCCUCCCAGACCAGAACUCGGUUUCUCUUCCUCUUUUCUUCCUUGCAUCUGGAAAUGUGGCUGUGCCAGACCCAAGCCUCGUUCUGUGAGCACUUAAUGCCCUGGUGGUGCCCCCGCUUCCUGCUGGACCCUGUGUUCAGCCCUGGGCGACUGUGGUGCUGUUUGUGCUUGCUUUGUCACGGGCUGUAGGUGCUGCGGGCUUUUAAGCUUCAUUUUGGAUUUGAAAAGGUAAACGAGAGGGCGCCAAGAGCUGCCGCCGCUUUGGAAGGGCUCGGGCUCCGGGAGUGGUGCUGAGCCUGCCCGGGGAGGGGAGGCGCUGGCUGGGCCAGGGGCCCCACGUGAGGCCCCUCGGCUCCGAGCAGCCAAGCGCGGGGCUGGGGACCCCUGUGCUGGGCAGAGUGGGGCCCCUUCCCCUGCCAGCUCCAGCCUCCCGCCGGGCCCUGUCUCGGUGCAGCUUGUGCCUGGGCUCCGUGCCCAGCCCCGCGCCUUGCCGCAGCGCGUAGGCACGGCCUCUGCGGCGCUGGUCCUGGCUGCCUCUAAGCACCAAGACACCCCAUUCCCUGCGAGCUCGGAGGAGGGCUGGAGCCCUGACAGAUCCUUUUCAGUCCAUCUCUCGCACCUGAUACGUGAACUUCAUAAACAUGGUCUGAUGAAACUCACAAGCACAACUUCUAACCUUUCUGAAGCCAAAAUCUUGCUGCUUCUCCUUUCAGCCUGCCCUGUCGUGCUAAUUUAGGUUAAAUCCAACAGUGUCUAAUGCUGCCUUACCAGGUCUGACAACAGAAGGACUGUCUAAAUUGCUGAAAUGGGAAGUCUGGACCCGUUCCUCCGAGAAACUGGACUUCACCUUGAUGAAAGAGCAGCGUGCUCACCGGCACAGCCCUGCGCAUCGUCAGGUUCUGCACACUUGCAGAGGGGAAAACUCUCGCGCUGUGCUUCGCAGUGCCCUCCCCUCCUUGCCCUGCCCGGCCAGGCGCGUGCUCAGUGCCUUACGUGGGGCCCUGGCUCCCGGGCGCCCACGGUCGGUCUCUCGCAGCGCAGCGGGGGGGGGUGGCGGGAGCCUCGCAGCUUCCCGCAGGACCCCCCGACCUGCUGCCCCGCGCCACACCACGGAAAACAGCAUCUCAGUGCCUUCUUCCACAUGCCUGUAAGGACUAGGAAGUCACUGGAGCCUUUUCCAUUCUGGCCUCUCUAAGUAUUGCCAAAAACCUGUUACGACUCCUGCCAGUGCUCUGUGGUCCCGCUGGUGUAGCUGACUCGCUGGCAGAGGCGCUCCCUGUCCCUCAGUGCAGCCUCUCGGGGGCUGUCCCAGCCGCUCUGGGCCCCCCGGUCCUCGUCUCCCCCAGGGCAGCGCUUGGGUGCGGGCUGGUCCUCGAGUGAGGCUUUACCUGCUGCCGCCCCUUGGUGCUCGGGGAACCGUCCCAGCUCCUGACUCUUCGGGAAGCUGCUCGUGUAUCUGCCUACGCCUUCCUGAAGCCCUGAUCGGGGCGGGAGCGCUGAGCGGUGACUCUGUUAGAGUUUAGCGCUGACUGGUUUAUGUUCCUUGGUAGCAACAAUCUUUUCUACAGAAAGACCAAGAUUAAACAUAACUUUGCUCUCUACUGCCUCGCUGAUCAGUGCUCUGCUCUGGGCGAUUGUGGUUGGUUGUUUUCUGGUUUUGUUGUUCUACCUUUUUUUUUUUUUUAAUGGACAAACAUUUUAUGGGCCAAUAAGUAUAGAACCAAUGUAAAACAACUUCCAAGUGUCUUAAUUCAAUAUUAACCAGCAGGUUUGUAUACUAAGGACCAAAGCAGAGAACAAACAAAAACCCCAGGAUAAAAAUCAUUCCACUCAAUGUUGCUUAACUGUUUAGGGUGAAGUCGUGCUAUUGAGGAAGUGAGAGGUGCCUGUGCCAUUCCAGCUGUGAGUGCAGUUUAAUGUUUAUUUUAUUGAUUGUCUGACCCGCAGGUUGGGCCGUGCAGAGUCCAAGGGGGAAGCGUGAGGUGGCCCUGCCCGCUGCCGGGGGCCGCUCAGCGCGGGGGGCCCGGGCCAGGGCCACUCCUGCCGUCGCCUUCCCAGGCUGGUACUGCAGGACCUGGGCAAGAUGCGACUCCUUUGCUGUCACCAGGCAGCUUUUGUCACGCUUUUCACUCUGGUUUCUCUCGAGCUGGCUCACGUUGCGUGCUGAGGAACUGUGGGAGGGGAGGGGAGUGGAAGCAGCCCCAGCUCCUGCAGAGGAGCACGGCCUCUGCCCCGUGCCCCGAGGCGGGGAAGGACUUCAGCCGGAGGUUGCAUUUCGGACACCUGUAUUAAACCAGAGCUCAUCGACCAGGGAGAAGUAAGAAGCACUGUGGGCCUCAGGCUUUAACUGGUGCAGGAUCCUGGCCCACUUACAGCUGCUCUCAGAGGUGUAAAACCACUCUUGUUGCCUGAUCUCGACUCCAGCGUGCCAAGCCCUGGUGAUGGCAAAGCGCGAGGGGCAAGUAAUGAUGUGAAAUGCGUGAGCCUCUCGCACGUACGGUCUGGUCUGUGCUGUCUGAGUCGUGUUGAUUUGCUGACGUGUGAUACGAGUGAUGCUCAUCCUACAGACACAUGGAAAGCCUUUGUUUAAAAAAUAUAUUCUGCUUUGUGCGUGUAACCAAGUUGGACAGAAAGCAAAUGUGCCAAUGCUGUUUACAUGACUAUAAUGUGUAAUGCUCCUCUGUCUAAUGUUACCAUAUGCCUUAUGUGUCUCCAAUGUUAAUUAAAAGCAUAACAAAACCCUCA